GGUAAUUAAAAACAAAAGGAAAUUCUCUAAAUCUUCACUCUUCCUUCUGUGUAAAUUUUAACUGUGCAAAUAAUAUAAGAUGAGCUGGUUUUAAGCAAUUUUGAGACAUAUUUAAAGGAACUGUCUGGGAUGGUGGGCUAAAAUGGAGGGGAUGCUUCACCAUAUGAGCUUAGAUUUGGGGAAGAUCGAGGCCAGUUGGGAUCUGCAUUGUCUGUGACUAUUUCCUCAACCCAUCUCUUGUAUAAUUUAUCAUACUUUCUUUCAAUUAUUUUUUUUUUAUUUUAAUCAUUGGGGUCUUUUACUUCUCUUCAUCUUCUGCAACUUUUAAUUCUCUUCCACAUUCAAAACCCUAAAGUUGGUUAGUUUAAGAGAUUCAGUGUUACCUUCUACUCACCUGGUCUGGUGCUGAGUGAGUUUAGUUUAUGUUCCUUAAAAAUACCCUUUUCUUUUUCGUUACGGCCAUAGUUGAUUUACUUAGGAGGAUAAUUGUUAGAAUCUAAGCCAGUCACUGGUAGAAACUACGAAGUUAAAAGGAGGCUACGUGGUUUAGAGCUUUAUAGCUGCAGAUACCUUCCUCCAUUCAUGAUGUUUUUCUGUGCUUGAAUAGCUUUUAGAGCCUUUAGAGAAGAGAAACCCUUCAACUUCUCUCUCUCUCUCUCUCUCUCUCUCCUUGCUGCAUUGGGGCUGGAUUGCAAGAGGAUUGAAAUGGGAUUUUAAGGUUUUUGACUGAGGGAUUUGGUUUUCUGUAUUGCAACCUCAAAUGGGUUGUCAUGGUUUUCUUUUCUUCGACAUCUACCCCAUUUAGGUUUUGAAGAUUUCUUUGGCAUUUCGAGGUUACAAGGUUCUGUUUCUUGGUUUGGGGGAUAAUUUCUUCUUGUCUGCGUAUCUAAUCCAUCUGAGGGAAGAAAUGGCUCCAAAAUUGGAUUUUUCUGCUUGGUGGGCUAAGGAUACAAGGACGGGAACUCCAGUUGUUGUAACCAUGGAGAACCCGAACUACUCUGUUGUGGAGGUAGAUGGUCCUGAUGUCCCAUUCCAGCAGGUGGACAAGGACAGAGGCAAGAACGCAAAGCAGUUCACUUGGGUUUUGCUCCUCAAGGCUCAUAGAGCAGUUGGCUGGGUCACCUGGCUUGGAAACCUGCUUUGGGUUCUGCUUGGAACCAUUAACAAAAGGUUGAUCUUAGGACAAGGAGUAGCUCUGGAGAGUGGUGACAAGUCUAUUAGGGGCAGAAUGCUGUUCAGAUUCAUCCGAACCUUCUUAAUGCUUUCCUUGGCGGUUCUGGCUUUUGAGGUUGUUGCACACUUCAGGGGUUGGCAUUAUUUCCAGAACUCCAAUUUGCACAUUCCACGGACUUCUGAGAUCCAGGGGUGGUUCCACAUGAUUUAUGUUUCCUGGUUGGAAUUCAGAGCCGACUACAUUGCACCCCCAAUUCAGACCCUCACCAAUUUCUGUGUCACUCUCUUCAUUAUCCAGUCUUUGGACCGGUUGAUAUUGUGUCUGGGAAUGUUCUGGAUCAAGUACAAGAGAAUUAAGCCCAUAAUUGAAAGGGAUCCUUUCAAGUCAGACGAUGUCGAGGGUUCAAGCUAUGAAUACCCUAUGGUUCUUGUUCAGAUUCCCAUGUGUAAUGAAAGAGAGGUAUAUGAGCAAUCUAUCUCCGCCAUCUGCCAGCUUGAUUGGCCAAGAGACCGUUUACUGAUUCAAGUUCUUGAUGACUCUAAUGAUGAGAGUAUCAUGUGCCUAAUCAGAGGGGAGGUCUUGAAGUGGAGUCAACGUGGUAUCAACAUUAUUUAUCGCCAUCGCUUGGUUAGAACUGGUUACAAAGCUGGGAAUCUCAAGUCUGCAAUGAGUUGUGAUUAUGUGAAGAAUUAUGAGUUUGUUGCGAUAUUUGAUGCAGAUUUUCAACCAAACCCGGAUUUCCUUAAGCUCACAGUUCCACAUUUUAAGGGCAAUCCUGAAUUGGGGUUGGUUCAGGCUCGAUGGGCCUUUGUGAACAAGGAUGAAAACUUGUUGACUCGCCUUCAAAAUAUUAAUCUGUGUUUCCACUUUGAGGUAGAGCAGCAGGUUAAUGGGGUCUUCUUAAAUUUCUUUGGUUUUAAUGGGACUGCUGGUGUCUGGAGAAUCAAAGCCCUAGAGGAUUCGGGGGGCUGGCUUGAAAGGACAACUGUAGAGGAUAUGGAUAUAGCUGUUCGUGCUCAUCUUAAUGGUUGGAAGUUUAUCUUUCUUAAUGAUGUGAAGGCUCUUUGUGAAGUUCCUGAGUCUUAUGAAGCUUAUAGGAAACAGCAACAUAGGUGGCAUUCUGGUCCAAUGCAACUUUUCCGAUUGUGUCUUCCGGCCAUAAUAACUUCGAAGAUAUCAUUCUGGAAGAAAGCAAACUUAGUUCUACUAUUCUUUCUCUUGAGGAAGCUGAUCCUCCCAUUCUAUUCAUUCACAUUGUUUUGCAUUAUUCUUCCUUUAACAAUGUUUGUUCCUGAAGCUGAGCUUCCCCUUUGGGUCAUCUGUUACAUUCCUGUCUUCAUGUCAUUCCUUAAUAUUCUUCCGGCCCCAAAAUCUUUCCCAUUUAUCGUCCCUUAUCUCUUGUUCGAGAACACCAUGUCAGUGACCAAAUUCAAUGCCAUGGUAUCGGGAUUGUUCCAGUUGGGGAGUUCAUAUGAGUGGAUUGUCACUAAGAAGGCAGGUAGGUCUUCAGAAUCGGAUCUCCUGGCCAUUGCAGAAAGUGAAUCAAAGACCGUCAAUCAACCACAGAUGCACAGAGGAGCUUCUGAGAGUGAACUGUCAGAAUUGAACAAAUUGAAGGAACAGCAAGCUGCACCAUCCCCACCUGCUAAGAAGGUCAACAAAAUCUAUAAGAAAGAGCUAGCCCUUGCUUUCCUCUUACUCACUGCAUCAGUCAGGAGCCUGUUGUCAGCCCAAGGAAUCCAUUUCUACUUCCUACUCUUCCAAGGAGUGUCAUUCCUCCUCGUGGGCCUUGAUCUAAUUGGGGAGCAAAUGAGUUGAUAAAGAAGGAACAGAAAACAGAAAGACCGAUACAUGUUUACAACUGUCUGAUAUGAAUUGUGGUAGAAAUCCUUAAUGGCAGCUCAGGAUCAAGAGGAAGUUCAGUUCUUGCCCUAGCAAACAGUGGGUAGGCUAAGGAGGAUUUCUCCAAGCCAAUUAAUAAGUUUCUCUUUCUUGUCCUGUUUGAAGUGCACAGAUAGAAUUCUUAGCGUCUCUUUCUCCAUUGAUUACUCCUCUUUUUUUUUAGUUUUUUUUAUCUCUUUACAUUUUUUGGGGGCAUUUGUUACAUAUGACAUUCUUCUUUGAUUCUUCAUCUUCGACUCUUGAAGUUGAUGUUACAAUAGGUAGGAGCAGUCUGUUUUCUGUUCAUGCUUGGGUGUGGUUUUCUAUUUCA